GGCUGAGGAGGAGGGGGAUGGAGGAGGCUGGGGGGGUGCGAGGGAAAGGUAUAUAAGGCAGAGCCACUUACCUGCCACACUAGUAUCGUGCCUAGUCACUAGUGAAGCAACACCUCCCCCCUACUGCCGGAGAGACCAGACCGCGACAGAACGCCAAGAUGGUGGGCACCAAAACAACCAAGACGGUAUCGGUGGAGAAGCGCGGGGCCUUCAGCGACGACCCGUUCUUCAGGGAUUCCUUGGACGAGUGGGACAAGGCCAUGAAGAGCGUGGUGGACCGCUGGCAAGACGGCUCCAAGACCACCACCACUACCACCACCACCACCUCCUCCUCCUCCUCCUCCAAGCCCGAGACCCGCAAUGUGUACAGGCAGAUCAGGUCCUCCAACGUGACCUCCGAUGACUCCCAGGCCGUGUCGUGCACUGAGGAGAACGACAAGUAUAAGAUGAUGAUCGACGUGAAGGACUACAAGCCCGGCGACAUCAACGUGAAGACUGUGGACGACACGGUGGUGGUGGAGGGCAAGAUCGAGCAGAAGGAAGGCAACUCCAUCAAGACGCAGGUGUUCACGCGCCGCUUCAUGCUGCCGCCCUCCGUCAACAUGAACGCCGUUAGCUCUGCGCUCUCCCGCGACGGCGUGCUCACCAUCAACGCUCCCAAACUGGCCGCCUACGUGACCAGCGGGCAGGCCCCCCGCAACGUGGCCAUCACCGGUUCGGCGCCCUCGCCCUCCCGCGACCGCUAUUCCGGCCUGGGCUCCAUGCCCGCCGCCGGCAAGCCCAGCGUGUCCAACGGCCCCGACAGGCGGUACCUGGCCCACACGCCGCUUGGCGAAGAGGGGCGCAAUGUGACCACCACGGUGGUGGGCGACGGCCACUGGUCCUCCUUCAACGACAUGGUGGAGAAGUCCCAGCGCGAGAUGGAGGACAUGAUGCGCCGCCACUCCAUGCAGAGCACCUCCACCGAGCUGCAGGUGUCGGCGCCCUCCACGGCCCUCUCGCGGCCCCCGGCGGGCGUGUCCACCUCGCGGGACGUGUCUGUGGCCGGCAACAACGUGACGGAGCGUCAAGAGCAGCGUUGGGAGGACAACCCUGCGCCGGGGCUGCACCGCACCAACCGCGUCGUCAACGAGCGGACGGAGCUGAAGGGCGCCGACGGCUCGGUGGUUGGCAACAAGAAGCGCAGCGAGCAGGAGAGCCACGCCGAGGGCUCCCGCGAGGUGGUGAUGCCCGACGGCACCAAGAAGACCACCUUCACCAAGAACUACGAGACGCGGAAGGUCUACAGCUACAACAGCAGCGACCCCAAGGCCGUGUGAGCCGCCCCAGGAACACUAUUUAUUGUGCGUCCUCCGCCGCCCACUCCCGCCGCAGCCUUCCGUCCUCCGCCCGCCGCCUUGCCUCAACUAUGGUGCUCGUAUAUUCUCUCUCUCUCUCUCUCUCUCUCUCUCUGCCUGGCAAACCCUCACACCGGUCUUUUGGAUAUAAUCAGAGCGGGACAAAUUAAUAUUAAUCAUAAAAACGACUAAAUUGUCAAUUAACCCAAAAAAUUGAUUGUAUAUUAUCGAAAUUCUAUAUGAUAUUUUUAUAAAAAAGAAAAUAUUACCAAUACCAAUCUA